AUGAUUCUGUUGCUAUUGUUCACUGGACUUUGUUUGUACCUCUUCCAUGAGAUGUACUGGAAACGAAGACACCUACCUCCUGGACCAAUCCCAUUACCUUUGAUUGGAAAUAUGUUGUCAAUGCUUAGAGAGAAACCUGGAUAUGAGUGUUUCAGAAGAUGGACAAAACAAUAUGGAGAUGUUUACACAUUUUGGAUGGGUACUACUCCGUAUGUUAUGAUCGGUUCAUACGAUCGCAUAAAAGAUACGUUUAUCCGAGAUGGUGACACAUACAAGGACAAGUUUCCCCAACCGUUCACAGAGAAGUUUCGUGGUGGAACAUAUGGUAUCGUGGAAACUAACGGGCACCUUUGGAGCACUCAUCGUAGAUUCACCCUUAGCAGUUUCCGUGAUAUGGGACUUGGGAAAGAUCUGAUGCAGGAGAAAAUCUUGAUUGAAGUUCAAGAAUCGUUCAGAAAGUUUGAUGAGCAUCUUGGAGUGGAACAAGAUAUUCCAAUCGUGUUGAAUAAUGCAGUUGCAAAUGUUAUCAAUCAAAUUGUGUUCGGAUAUCGGUUCGCAGAUGAGCAUGAAGAAGAAUUCAAUAAAUUAAGAGAUCUGAUGGAAUAUCAGGAGAAGGCAUUCACUACUUUCAAAGUUCAUGUACAAGUUUUUGCACCGAAGAUUGGUCAAUGGCUUCCAGGAAAAUCACUUGAUGAGUUAUUGGGCGAUUGGAAACAAAACUUCCACACUUUCUUCAACACCCAGAUUGAAAACCAUCGGCAGAAAAUUGACUUCGACAGUGAGGAGAACUUGGAUUAUGCUGAAGCUUAUCUCAAAGAACAAAGAAAGAGAGAAGCUGAAGGAGACUUCGAGUUAUUCUCCAACAAGCAGCUAAUGAACACGUGUUUGGAUCUUUGGUUCGCCGGGUUAUCUACAACUAAUACCACAACAAAUUGGAUCGUUUGUUAUAUCAUGAACACACCCGGAGUUCAAGAGAAAAUGCAUGAAGAAUUAGACAGAGUGAUCGGAGGAGAUAGAUUGGUAACGACAGCUGAUAAGAAUGACCUACCCUACAUGAAUGCAGUUAUCAAUGAAUCUCAACGAUGUGCGAAUAUCGUGCCAAUCAACCUGUUCCAUGCUACAACCAAGGAUACUGUAAUCGCAGGAUACCCAAUUAAACAGGGUACUGGAGUGAUCGCUCAGAUUAGUACCGUGAUGUUGGAUGAGAAAACGUUCCCAGAACCAUAUACUUUCAAUCCGGGCAGGUUUAUUGAUGAGAAUGGAAAACUCAAAAAAGUAGAAGAACUCGUUCCAUUUUCGAUUGGAAAGAGACAGUGUCUCGGUGAAGGACUCGCUCGAAUGGAGUUGUUCCUCUUUAUCUCUAACUUUUUUAAUAGAUAUCAGGUGUCUCCAUCAUCAGAAGGGCCGCCAUCAAUCGACAAAAGUGAAAGAGUUGGUGUGUUUCCGAGGAAGUUCAACGCGAUUCUCACCAAGAGGCAUUGA